UUGUUGAGCUCGUGAACUAGUAAAGGUAUAUAUAGUUACUAAAAUAAUGUUUCUCAAACACGCUUUAGGUAUCAUCGUGGUAUUGUUGAUCGUCACAGGACCUCUUGCUGAAAGCAUAACUGUCGAAGAACUUGUAAACACAUUUUCUAAUGACUGGAAUGGGGAAAAUGACAAAUGGACCACGAGUGAGGAAGAUGAAUAUGGUACUCUACAGCAAGGUGGGUCGACCCGACCUGGGAAACUAGAUGGAGACAACGAACCCCCAGAGGAAUCCGAUGUUUUGCCGGAGGAAGAUGAGACUUUAGUACUUGAAAGGUCAGAUAAUGAACCUCUAGAGGUGCUAAAAAGGCGACUUGGACUAUUUGAUUUCCAAACAAGGCGACCUGGACGUUCCGAAAUGCAGACAAGGCGGCCUGGACGUUCAGAGAUGCAGACAAGGCGGCCUGGACGUUCCGAGAUGCAGACAAGACGGCCUGGACGUUCCGAGAUGCAGACAAGACGGCCUGGACGCUCCGAGAUUCAGACAAGACGACCUGGACGUUCCGAGAUGCAGACAAGACGGCCUGGACGCUCCGAGAUGCAGACAAGGCGACCUGGACGUUCCGAAAUGCAGACAAGACGGCCUGGACGGACGACCACUCUCGCCAAGGUUUUAAAACUAUGAAAAAGAUCGAUAAACUCCGAAAUUCGAAAACCCCGCACUAGAUUUAGGACAAGACAUACUUUGGAAAAAUAUUUCACAAAAUAAAAAAAAGGCCAAAGUAAUAUCAUUAUAAGUAACCGAUAAUUACAGCUAAUAUCACAAAAUAUUAAUGUAAAGUUAGAAUAUGAAAUAAAUAUAGCA